UACUGGAAGCAGCGCGAAGAGCAAAGAGACUCCAUAACCGACGCACUCACAAAGCUUAUCACUGUACCGGCAAAUUCCAAUGGCGGAAGUGAGGAACAAGCGAGUGGUUCUAAGAGACUAUGUGGUUGGUUUUCCGAAGGAAUCAGACAUGAAAAUUGUGGAAGGAAGGAUCAAAUUGAAGCUUCCAGAAGGUUCCGAUAAGGUGAUUGUGAAGAACCUCUACCUCUCUUGCGACCCUGUCAUGAGAGUCCUGAUGAUCAAGAUGGAAGCCAUUGAUGUAUAUCAUCACUACACACCUGAUGCUCCAUUGACAGGUUAUGGAGUGUCUAAAGUGUUGGAAUCUGGACAUCCAGAUUAUAAGAAAGGUGAUUUGGUUUGGGGAAUUACCAAAUGGGAAGAGUAUAGCUUUAUCUCCCCAUCUCAAAUAUGUUUCAAAAUUGAACACACUGAUGUCCCACUUUCCUACUACACUGGAAUUCUUGGUAUGCCUGGGAUGACUGCUUAUGUUGGUUUCUUCGAAAUAGGUUCUCCAAAAAAAGGAGAAAAUGUUUUUGUUUCAGCUGCCUCUGGUGCUGUUGGUCAACUUGUUGGCCAAUUUGCCAAGUUGAGCGGUUGUUAUGUUGUUGGAAGUGCUGGAAGCAAAGAGAAGGUAUUUGUUCAAUUAUUAUUAUUAUUAGUUUCAUAACAUUUAGGAUAUUCA